CCUGCAACCUAUAUGUGUAUGCUCAACCGUUUCGCAGGUACUUUGCUGGAGAAAUUAUUGGAAACAUUUUGGAACUGGAGCCGCGUCAGUGGAGGAGACCGAGACGGAUAGACUUUCGGAUGAACUCUGAGCGCGUGACUGAGUUUAGGAAGAAGUAUGCCAAGUUUGACUGGACGGGGAUGAUCGGGAAAUAAUGUAUUGUGUAUCUUUGGACUGAAGACUGGUUGCGAUCCUUUCGACUGUGGUGGGCUCGCCAAAUCUCGAUUUAUUAAGCAAGAUGGAGCUAGCAGCAAGUUGAAACGACCGCCUACAACCGCGCUUGAUCAAAGUACGGGCAAUCCUCGCGGUUGAAGAACGUGGAGCUGUCAUGGUGAUUAUUGCCGAUGCUUCUCUUGACGGCGUAUAAAGAGGGCCGUGACGCACGCUCAGUCUCUCCUUCCCGCCUUUGAGCUUUGGGUGAUACCUACACAUGUUUUGGUUCUGGUUUUUGGCCUUUACUUCUCUUUAUUGUGCUCACGCUGCCGAGAGUGAUGUAGCCUGCGAAACAGAAAAGGUCGCUUCAGCUUGGUUCGCUGGAUGGCAUGCCAAUGACGGGUUUGACGUCAAUGAUAUUCCUUGGUCAAAAUACACUGAGGUGACCUUUGCAUUUGCUGAGACGACGCCAGAUGUCAACGUUGUUUCUUUCAAUGGAUCAGGUUCUCAGGACUUGCUCCCUCGAUUUGUGGCAGCAGCACACCAAAAUGGAGUCAAAGCGAAAGUCUCAGUAGGCGGGUGGACAGGGUCCCUUUAUUGGUCUUCGAAUGUUGCAAAUGAAAACCGCACUGCUUGGGUAAAGACCCUUACCGAUCUCGUAGACAAAUACGACCUCGACGGACUUGACUUUGACUGGGAAUACCCAGGUAAACAGGGAAUAGGCUGUAACACCAUUAACGCCAACGACACCCAGAAUUUCCUCGCCUUCCUCCAAGAGCUCCGGGAACAUCCCAGCGGCGCCAACCUCACGCUUUCUGCCGCAGUUUACAUUACUCCGUUUACUGACUCAAACGGAGAGCCAUCGACGGACGUAACAGCAUUCGCCGAAUACCUCGACUAUGUGGCUAUCAUGAAUUAUGAUAUCUGGGGCUCUUGGAGUGCCACCGUCGGGCCUAACGCUCCCCUUAAUGACUCGUGUGCACGCCCGGAGAACCAGAUGGGCUCCGCCGUCUCCGCCGUGUCAUCAUGGACUGCGGCUGGUUUCCCCAGCGAGCAGCUUCUUCUCGGUGUCGCAGCCUAUGGGCAUAGUUUCGGUGUAAUCAAAGCUGACGCGUUCCCCGAGAGUUCGGAUAUUCUCGCUCUAUACGCACCUAUUAAUUCCUCCGCCCAUCCUGCUGGCGAUUCAUGGGACGAUACCGAGGUCGGCGUCGACGUUUGUGGUGCUCCUACAACGAUAAGUGGAGUCAUCGACUUCUGGGGACUCGUUGAGCAAGGUUACCUCACUGAAAGUGGAGACGUUGUAGAUGGUGUGCCCUAUGUAUUCGAUAAUUGCAGCCAAACGCCCUUUGUCUACAACACUACCUCUGAAGUGAUGAUAUCCUACGACAACCCUGAGUCUUUUGCAGCUAAAGGACAGUUUAUCGCUGACAUGAACCUGGCUGGCUUUGCUAUGUGGGAGGCAGGAGGCGACUACCACAACAUUCUACUAGAUUCUAUUCGUGGAAAGUUAUUCGCAUAGCCUUCUGUUAUAACCAGUCGUUUGAUUCUAUAUGGCAAGGAUGAAUAUUUAUCACUAAUCCUUCCUAAAUGACUCUGCUGCCGCAUGCUCGCCAGAGGACGGCAACCACAACGUCACUGCGGUUCCCCAUCCAUGCUUUAAAACCUAUGACCGCCGAUUUUAUUUUCAAAAACAAAAAAAGACCAGACAAUCAGAACGCGGCUUACAACCUAAUAUUCACAAUUCCGCAUCGUGUAUGUACAAUCAUACAACAUCCGGGAUAUCAAGACCCGCUGCCUUCGCAACCUGGAUAACUUUCUCGGCCUGCCGCGAACAUGUGAGUGUCCACACACGGGUCAGAUUAGAGUAUC